UUCGCAAUCUAGAGGCUCCUUUGGCCCCCUUGAACAUUCCAUACAAAUUAUACGCACUUUACAAUAAACUUCUGGCAAAGGAGCAUCGCAGCCCGUUCAGACAAGUUGGUUGCAAUUUCCAUCCACCUACAGUAGGCUACAACUGCACAUUGAUUCCAUAAAAGAUCAGAUCCAGGUAGCCUACUAUUUGAAGGAGGAAGCAUACCUGUAGAAGGGAGUCGCCUCUGAAACCCAGUGGAGCUGUCACCUUAUCGCUCGGCUCUAAUCAACUAUCAUACAACAGGAAUUCUGACAAGUAGCAGCGAUGGUGUACCACCCUGAGUUUGAGAAGGCUGGUAAGGAUGCGGGUCUGCAGGUGUGGCGCAUCGAGAAGAUGGACCUGGCGCCCGUCCCCCAGCACCUCCAGGGCGCCUUCUUCUCCGGCGACGCCUACCUGGUCCUCAACACCAUCAAGCAACGCUCGGGACACCUGCAGUACGACCUGCACUUCUGGCAAGGUGAGGAGUGCACGCAGGAUGAGAGUGGAGCGGCGGCCAUCUUCACCAUCCAGAUGGACGACUACCUCGGGGGCAAGCCCAUCCAGUACCGCGAGGUCCAGGGCUAUGAGUCCAAGACCUUCGCUGGCUACUUCAAAUCUGGACUCAAGUACAGAAAAGGUGGCGUGGCCUCAGGCUUCAGAAUGGUGGAUGAGGAGGAAGUCAAGCGUGUGCUUCAUGUGAGGGGGCGGCGUGUCGUCCGGGCAACCGAGGUGCCCGUCAGCUGGGAUAGCUUCAACCAGGGAGACGUCUUCAUCCUAGACCUGGGAGAUGAGAUCUUCCAGUGGUGUGGCGCCCAUAGUAACCGCUUUGAGAGACUGAAGGCCACAAACGUGUCCAAAGGUAUCCGUGACAACGAACGUUGUGGACGGGCAAAGCUGCACAUCUGCGAGGAGGGAUCAGAGAGCGAGAAGAUGCUGGAGGUUCUGGGUGAAAAGCCUGACUUGCCAGACACACACGCUGAAGACACGAAGACCGACGUUUCCAACAGGAAGAUGGCCAAAUUAUACAAGGUGUCAAAUGCAAGUGGGGACAUGUCUUUGACUGUGGUGUCAGACCAGAACCCCUUCUCCCAGAGUGACCUGGAGUCCUCAGACUGCUUCAUCCUGGACAAUGGCUCCAACGGCAAGAUUUUCGUCUGGAAAGGAAAGGACGCCAAUACGGAGGAGCGCCACGCCACGCUGAAGGCGUCGGAGCAGUUCAUCAGCAAGAUGGGCUACCCGCGCCACACGCAGGUGCAGAUCCUACCGCAGUUCGGCGAGACGCCGCUCUUCAAGCAGUUCUUCAAGGUGUGGCGCGACGUGGACGAGACCCAGGGAAUGGGCGAGGCCUACGUCUCCAACAAGAUCGCCAAGAUCGAGAAGGUGCCCUUCGACGCCUCCGCCCUCCACGACUCCCCCGCCAUGGCCGCGCAGCACGGCAUCAUGGACGACGGCAGCGGAGAAAAACAGGUGUGGCGCAUUGAGGGCUCCGACAAGGUGGAGGUGGACCCCUCCACCUAUGGCCAGUUCUACGGAGGGGACAGUUACAUCGUCCAGUACGGCUACCAGCACGGGGGCCGACGGGGCCAGAUCAUCUACAUCUGGCAAGGAGACGACUCGAGCCAGGACGAAAAGGGGGCGUCGGCUAUUCUGGGAGCACAAUUGGAUGAUGAGUUGGGAGGAGGGGCUGUGCAGGUGAGGGUGAUCCAAGGUAAGGAGCCUGCCCAGCUGAUGAGCCUGUUUGGUGGGAAGCCACUGGUGGUGUACCGGGGUGGAACCUCCAGAGAUGGCGGCCAGACCCAGGCCGCAGACACGCGCCUCUUCCAGGUCCGGGCCAACACAGCAGGCAACACCCGCGCUGUGGAGGUGGAGGCCGUGGCAGCCAACCUGAACUCCAACGAUGCCUUUGUGCUGCUGAGCUCCUCCUCCUCGGUGCUGUGGGCGGGGCAUGGCUGCAGCGAUGUGGAGAAAGGCGGAGCCACACAGCUCAGUGAGAUUCUCGGGGUGGAGCUUUCGGAGGUGGCAGAGGGGGAUGAGGAAGAUGACUUCUGGGAUGCCCUCGGGGGCAAGGCCGAGUACCGCACGUCUGCCAGGCUGAAGAACAAGAUGGACGUGCACCCUCCACGACUGUUCGCCUGCUCCAACAAGACCGGACAGUUCCUGAUUGAAGAGAUUCCCGGUGAGAUGACACAGGAGGAUUUGGCCCCAGAUGAUGUGAUGAUUCUGGACACAUGGGAUCAGGUGUUUGUCUGGGUCGGAAAUGAAGCCAACGAUGAGGAGAAGAAAGAGGCCAUGACAUCAGCGUCCCGCUACAUUGAGACGGACCCAUCCAACCGGGACCGCCGCACCCCGGUGGUGAAGAUCAAGCAGGGCUUCGAGCCUCCCACCUUCUCAGGCUGGUUCCUGGGCUGGGACUUUGAGUACUGGAGCACUGACCCACUGGAGAGAGCCAUGGCCGGCCUGUAGACAGACCCUAAUCCCCCCCUGCUUCCCACACUACCCAGAGGUGUCAGUCCCGUGUACAGAACGUAGAAACCCUGUCACAAACUAAGACCAGUUAUGAUUUAGCUGAUUGUGCUGAGUCGUGGCAAGGUUUUCACUUCUGAGCAGGGUUUUUGACAUCUCUGUCUAGUGCCUACCCUACCCCACCCCACCCCAGGCGUUGACUGACUCUGCAUCUCAGAUCUGGGCCUGGUCUGGCACUGCUGUUCUCUACCGGAUCAGAACCAGGCCUGAGUCAGGGUCAACUGCGGUCUGGGGGACGGAUUAGAGCAGGACAUUUUUGACAACCACAGUGUGUGUGUGUUUAUGUAUGUAUGUAUGUAUGUAUGUAUGUAUGUAUGUACAUGUUUGAAUGUUUUGUGUGUGUGUGUAUGUAUGCAUUAGGGAUAGAAUAUGUUUACAGGGCAAGUAUCCAUACAGAUCAGGCAACCCCAGGGUUUUAGACAGACUUCCCAUAAACAGAACUCCCCAUCCAUUGGUCACUCUACGCGCCGCUUCACUAACCAGUGUCAAAUGCUCAUCGUCAAUACAAGGUCAUGCUGUUUCUAAAGCUGCUACAGGUUAACUCCCACUAAACAACAGUUACGAAAUUAUACUGACACUGGUUUCACCUAGGCUGAGUGCAUUGUUUUCUCUACAACGCAAAAGGCAAUACACACACUCACGCCCCCUAUGACUGUUAAUGUUACUGCUUCACUUACUGCCUUAAACCUCUACAAUUUCAUAGUCAUGUUGUGGUUACCGGUAUAUGUACAAUGCUAUAAGCAGAUCUAUACAGCCUAUAUUGAGCAAACAGCUGUUACAAAAUGACUAGUUGAUGUCAAACAUCUCUACAUUAAAAUGAUACUUAUAUUUCAAGUCUCAGAUUGUAACUCUUCACUCUUCAAACAAAAUGGAAGACCAUCGGGCAGA